ACCCUAAAUUAAAUCAGCCACUGGCUUUCAAGAAGGUUCUAGUUACUUUUACUCUGGUUGUAAGCUUAUAGGAUAGCCUUGUCCUAACUAUUUAACCACAAUUUCACCAUUAGCAGUUUCCUUCUUCAACAAUUGUGAACCCCAAUUUCCUAUCUCCUUCAAUUCAGUUAUUUUUGCAGUUUAAGAAAUGGCAAAACGGUUGAUUCCCACAUUCAAUCGUAUUUUGAUUGAGAAAAUUACAGCCCCAGCUAAAACUACUACUGGAAUCUUGCUUCCAGAAUCUUCUAACAAGUUGAACUCUGGGAAAGUCAUUGCUGUGGGACCGGGGUCUCGUUCCGAUGAUGGGAAACUGAUCCCUGUGAGUCUUAAGGAGGGAGAUACAGUUUUUUUGCCUGAAUAUGGUGGCUCUGAGAUCAAGCUUAAAGACAAAACGUAUCAUCUUUACAGGGAAGAUGACAUUCUUGGUACGCUACACGACUGAUUUGGAUUCAGAUGUAUGUUGGAGAUUCUCCAUGCCCUCACCCCUUACCCCUUUCAAAAAUUGGAGUUCUUUGGGUUGCAAAACCGAACUUGAUAGUCUUUUUGGAUAGAAAUUAUUUGUCUCUUUUUCAUGCCAUUUUACCUUUGAGGCUUUGACAUUACAUGUACUUCUAUUAUGUCUUGAUAAAAGAUGUUGCGUUAUCAGUAAACUUCGUUGGCGUUCCAUGCCUCAGGCUGUAAAUAGUUUUCAGCUUCGGAACUGGACUUGUGAUGCACGAAUCCGACCUUGGAAUUAUUAAGCCUUUUGUUGAA